GUUUCAAGUAUCCUAUUAACUGUUUCCACGUUUGCUAUUUUAUGUUAUGUCCCGUAAAUUAUAGCUAAUAUGAUAAAUUAUAGUAUCAGUGCAGAAAAGAUACAAACUAAAAGUUUUAUGGGUGGUCCAAGUUUCAGAUUUGCGCACACGUGCUCCCACCAGGACAAUUAGCUUAAUGGCUUUCAGCUUUGUGUUUUGAAGAAGCUGCUGACUCAUUAAUUAAUUGCUUCCAAGAGGCUAUAAAACCGGCUGACAAAUGCGGCGGCCUUCCAAUGCUACAUUUCUGAUAGAAAAGCGUUCAGGUAUUGUUGGACUAUGAAUCGUUUUCUCGGUGUGAAGCCUAGUGAUGGUCAACGUCGGCAGGUGUUCUCCUGCACCUACGCUGAGUGUGGAGCAACUUUCAGGAAGGAGUGGAAACUGAAAGACCACGAGACUGUGCACACCGGAGCGCGUCCGUGUCAGUGCGAAGUUGAAGGUUGUGGUCGUCGUUUCAAGAGAAAGUCCCACCUGAGCCGCCACAUGCUCGGACAUGCAGGGAAGCAGUUCCAAUGUAAGUUUGUGAGCUGCACCAAGACUUUCCUCAACGCAGGCAAGUUGAAGAGACAUGUACGCUACGCUCAUGGAGAGAAAACCAGCUACUUUAAGUGUAACCAGCCAAACUGCACUUUGACCUUCAAAAGGCGCAGAUUGUUCAAGCUGCACUUGCAGGAGCAUGGUGUGCAUGCCAAGUUCAAAUGCUCUAAGGAUGGAUGUGCUGCUACAUUUGACUCCCACGUUGCACGCCAAGCCCAUGAGAAGAAGCAUGCAGGUUACCGCUGCCCUCAUACUAACUGCCAGGUACUUGAACACACAUGGAGUAAACUUCAGAAGCACUUGGCCAAACACCCAGCCACAUUUACUUGCAGUGUGUGCAAGAAGGUGUUUAAGAAAACAGAUGCUCUGCGAAGGCACAAACGGAUCCAUGCUUCCCAUAAGCCUGUGCUGGUGUGUCCCAGGGAUGACUGUCAGGCCUACUUCUCCACCACCUUCAACCUGCAGCACCACAUUCGUAAAGUUCACCUUGAGCUCCUCAAAUAUAAAUGCUCCUUCCCUGACUGCCCUCGUGUGUUUGCUAUGCGGGAGAGUAUGAUGAGACACCUGCUUCGCCAUGAUCCAAGUGCCACCACUUUGAAGACACGCAAGAGGUCCAAGAAGUCCUGGCAGAAGCGUUUAAAUGGGCACCAGCUGCCCAUCGUGGAGGAGAACCUACAUCGCCUCUUCACUCUGCGCAUGCGGAUCUCCAGACGUACCAAAGUGGAAACCAACCUCUUGGGCCUCUUCAAUGAACGCAAGAUUCCUCACUACGUCGACCCAGAAGUCAACCUGCGCGACUUGUUCGGGAUCAGACAGCCUCGUCCUGUUGAGAAUCUGGAAGUUGCUCCAGUGAAAGGUUAAAUAAAAAUGUACAGAGGAGCUGUUCUCUAUUACUGUCAUUAAGAAAUUGGGUCUUAAGUUUCAAAUGUAGCUUAAAUACAUUACAAUCUGGUUUUGAGAAUUUUCACAUUUCAUUUUAAGAUGAGAUCUCUUAUUUGAAAUCCAUUUUUCUUUUUGUAACAUUGUCGACCCAAUAAAGUUUUGUUCAAAGUG